UUUAGUAUAUUAUUUUUCUUAUUACCCCCUCUUGGUGAAAAACCCCUUUUAUCAAGUGCACUCCUCCCUCCUAUCCUUUAGCUUACCAAACCAAGAAACAAACUCUCAUCUCUUACACGGAAAAUGGCCUCCACAGCUACCCUCUCCAGUACCAUGUUUAGCACCUCCUUCACCCGCCGGCAAUCGGCCACUAGCCUACGGGCUCUUCCCAACGUUGGACAGGCUCUUUUCGGCUUGAAAUCCAGCCGUGGAGGACGGUUUAAGGCAAUGGCAGCGUACAAAGUGAAGGCCAUAACUCCAGGGGAUAAAGUGGAAGUCUGCCUGUGUCGUGAUGAUGUCCAUAUUCUUGAAGCUUUUGAGGAAGCUAGUGUUGACCUGCCAUGCUCAUGCAGGGUUGGUGCUUACACUUCUUGUGCUGGGAAAAUUAUUGCAGGAACUGUGGAUCAGUCUGCUGGGAGCUUCCUUGACGAUGAGCAGAUAGAUGCUGGUUGGGUUCUCACUUCUAUUGCUCUUCCUCGGUCUGAUAUUAUUAUCGAGACACACAAGGAGGAGGAGCAUACCGCUUAAUGUUAUUUCUUUCUUUCUUGUUUCCUAAGUCUAUUGGUUUGUGGGUUGGCUUAGUUUGUUCUUCAGAACAAGAUUGUUAUGUUUUCUUGUUAAUCGAGUAAUGUUUAGGUUUGUCGUUACAAACGGAACUCUUGUAGCUUAAUAAAAUUUUAUAUGUGGGCGUGUUUUCUA